AUGCCAUCUAUUAGCUCAAACGAUUCUACUGUUAGUCUAGAAUCAAGCAAUUCUAUUGCAGUCUCUUCUGGGAGUUCUUUAGGUUCUAUGAACACAAGAGACCAUAAUGAACUGUAUGACCAUAGGCAACAUCCUGAUUUUAGUACUACAAUAGAGAAUCAAAACAUUGCUAGAAAUACAAACAGUGAUAACAAUAAUAGUACCUCAACGAAACAUCAACUUACAAAUAUAGGUGUCAACCCCAAUAAUAAUACUGAAACUGUUAUGGAUCCUGUUAUGUUAGACACCAUAUCGCAUGCUAUGAAUAAUACUGCAACUAUUGUUAGUAACCAGGUAAAAUUAUCAGAAAAUGUUGGUGUCCAUCAUCAGACGAAAAAACCACAUGUUGCUUUUUCAAAUGUUACAACAGAAUUAUCCAACGAUACAAAAUCACCAGUUAUACCUUUGUCACAUAGAUAUCGUCGUCAUUCUCAUCAAUCAUACUUAGGACCACCUAUGCUUCCAUCUUUUUAUCAAAACCUACAUAGCAAAGCUGAUCCAGUUAUAGAAGCAGCAGAAUUAGCUGCACAUCAGUUUAAUUCUAUCGCAAGACCAUCUAGAUUAGAACAUUGUAUUAAAUUCGAAGGGUUAUCCUUACAUCAUAAUUCAGCUGAUAAUGGACACGGUACUCAAAGUGGUACUACUGUUCCAACCGACUAUACAUCAUUGGAACAUAAGGACCCACUUUUUAAUAUUCAGAAACAUAGACAAUCUUCAGGUCGUAGAUUAUCAAAAAUCCAUUCCACGAUCGAUUCAACAUCUCCAAAAAUGAAUAAGAAAAAAAACCGGUCUGAUUCACUAUCUUCCACACGUAAUUUUUCUGAGAAUAGUAACACUAAGAUGAAUCAAUUCUCUGCCGAUGGUCAUAUUAGUUCUAAUAAUAUUGACAACAACAAUGAAAGUACUUUAAAAUUAGUUAAAACUAAAUCCAGUGACAGUAAUAAUGGGCAAGGUUUACAUAGAAAAACUACAAGAGGCUCUUAUGAUAGUGAUGAUUCACAAGGCUCUAGAGACACACAAGAAACAGAGGAGGAUGUAUGUUUUCCAAUGGAACCUCAAUCUCACUCUCGUAUUAAUGGAAUUGAUUUCGAUGAAUUGGAGGAAUUUGCUCAGUAUACAAGACAAACGAAAGAACAGUACUUGGGAUCUAUGCAACCAUCUCUAUCACAUAAUAAUAACGAUAGAUUAAAUGGUUCUACUUCAUCGAGUAUAUCAUUAUCGAGAAUAUCAUCUGCUGCUUUAAGAUACACUCCAAGACCAUCUGCUCAACAACCAGUAUCCUCAUCAAUUUCUAAUAGUUUAGAGAGUAAAAGAGAUGAGGAAGAAGAAACUGAGAAAGUUUCUUAUGUGAGUCCACCAACGGACAGCCCUGGUGUACAGUUCGAUAUAAGAAAUAAAAUUGAAGGCGAGGAUCUUAAUAAAAAUGGAUACCAAUAUCACUAUUUUAACCAGGAUUAUACCCCAACUGAUUACAGCAACAACAAUUUUGUAAUUCCCAAUAGGUUUUCAUUCUUUUGCUCCGAUUCUGAGGAAACAAUCCACACAACCGAUAUUGCCUCUUUAGUAGCUUCUGGUCAAUCAUUUUACGAUUUAUUUAGAGGUGGUGAGCCUACUUGGUGGUUAGACUGUUCCUGUCCAACAGAUGAUGAAAUGCGUUGUAUUGCUAAGGCUUUUGGAAUCCAUCCUUUAACUGCAGAAGAUGUUAGGAUCCAAGAAACAAGAGAAAAAGUGGAAUUAUUUAAAUCUUAUUACUUUGUUUGUUUCCAUACUUUUGAAAAUGAUAAGGAAUCCGAAGAUUUUUUGGAGCCUAUUAAUGUUUAUAUUGUUGUCUUUAGAAAUGGAAUCUUAACGUUCCAUUUUGGACCUAUUUCUCACUGUGCAAGUGUGAGAAGACGUGUAAGACAACUAAGAGACUAUGUUGAUGUUAACUCAGAUUGGUUAUGUUAUGCAUUAAUUGAUGACAUUACUGAUAGUUUUGCCCCUGUUAUUCAAUCAAUUGAAUACGAGGCUGAUGUUAUUGAAGAUUCCGUCUUUAUGGCUAGAGAUGUAGAUUUUUCUGCUAUGCUACAAAGAAUUGGUGAAAGUAGAAGAAAGACAAUGACAUUAAUGAGGUUAUUAAGUGGUAAAGCAGAUGUUAUUAAAAUGUUUGCAAAGAGAUGUCAGGAGGAGGCUAAUGGGAUUGGUCCUGCACUGACAUCAGACAUAAACAUCGCUAAUUUACAUGCUGGUGACUAUUCAGAUGGUCAACGUGUUCAGCCUAGAGGCGAUAUUGCAAUGUAUCUAGGUGAUAUUCAAGAUCAUUUACUGACCAUGUAUCAAAAUUUAGCAGCGUAUGAAAAGAUUUUUUCGAGAUCACACACAAAUUAUCUAGCACAAUUACAAGUAGAAUCAUUUAAUUCAAACAACAAAGUAACCGAUAUUUUAGGUAAAGUUACACUUAUUGGUACCAUUUUUGUUCCAUUAAAUUUGAUUACUGGUUUAUUUGGUAUGAAUGUCAAAGUUCCAGGACAAGAUGCAUCAAUUAUUUGGUGGUUUGGUAUCUUGGGUGUUUUAAUAGGCCUAGCAAUCGGUGGAUUUAUUUUCAGUACAUACUGGAUAGGAAGAUUUACACCACCUACGACUUUAAAUGAGGCUGCUGAAAGUGGUGCCACUUCUGUGAUCCCAAGUAUAUUUGGCAGAGGCAGAGGUAAUAAGAGGCACAAUCAUACUGAUCUAAAAAUAAAUCCAACAACAGGCUCUAUCAACAGUCUACCAAGCAGAUUAAGUCGUUACAAAUAA